AUGAGAAAGGCAAAAAAUGAUAAACCGAAUAAGCAACCACCAACGUUAUCAACAGAAGGGUCUGAUGACUUACCGCGGGCAAGCACGAGUCAAGUAACAACUGUAACAUGCGUUACUGGUCGAGGACAGUUACCUCCACACGUGCUGUUGAUGACAGCGGUCGUAGACGUUUUGGACAAAAACGGCAACCCACAACCCUGUCGUAUUUUAUUAGACUCGGCCUCCCAAGUGAAUAUCAUAACACAACGGAUGGUACAUCUUCUUGGAGUAGACGAAUUUCCGGCAAACCUUUCAAUCGCCGGUGUCGAUGGUAUGCAGUCUCGAUCUAACCGAGGGGUUACUGUCCAGCUACGAUCCAGGUAUAUGCACUUCCUUCUCAACAUACAGUGUUUUGUAACGCAGAAGGUAACAGCAGAUCUUCCAACGAGCAAGGCAAACGUCACCACAUGGGAGAUUCCGGCGGGAAUCCAACUUGCCGAUCCAAGUUUUAAUUCACCUGACAAGGUCGAUAUGCUCAUCGGCAACCAGUGGUUCCUUCAACUUUUGAUGUCCGGCAAAAUUGAACUAGGAGAAGGUCGUCCAACACUUUGCGAAACAAAGCUUGGUUGGGUUUUUGGCGGAGCGAUUGGCGUUGGCACAGGUUUUGAAGGAGUGGUUCGAGCACAAGCUGUAACCAUUGAAGAGCUUAGUGAGUCUAUACAAAGGUUUUGGGAGGUGGAAAGCGUGCCACAACAAUUCCAAAUCACUACCGAGGAAGAAUUAUGCGAGAAACAUUUUUUGGCCACCCACUGUAGGAAUGCGUCUGGAAGAUACGUUGUUGAACUGCCUUUAAAGAAUGACGUGAAUGAGCUCGGCGACUCCCGUUUGAUGGCAUUGCGCAGAUUUUUCGUGCUGGAGAAGCGAUUCGAUCAACAGCCAGAUUUGAAGCGGCAAUAUAUCGAAUUUAUGGAUGAAUAUGAGCGUCUGGGGCACUGCAAGGAAGUGUUUGAAAGGAAUGAUACACAAGGAAUGUUGAAGUGGUACCUACCCCACCAAGGUGAUUAG